AUGUCAGACGUGACCCAAUUCAUUUCCAAGAGGGCUCAAUCAAGGACGUCAAGUCAUUUCGCAAAUGUGCCAUCAGAUAAACCACCAGCUGGAUUUAAACCACACCCCAAACCCUUGUUGUUAUCGUACGGUACUCCAAAUGAUGGCUUUUUCCCAAUUGACUCCAUUGAUGUGAACUUGGUCAACUUCCCCUUCGAGCACCAGUCAAAAGGAGGCCAUCUUAAUGGUUCAGCUUCGGAACCAAAGGCUAACGGACAUGCAAAGGAGGAAAAUUCCAACAGCAUUCAUAUUGCCAGACACACUAAAACUCCCAAUCUGCUCGACUUAUCAAGAGGUUUACAGUACGGCCCUGUCCCCGGUCUUGACCCCUUGUUGGAAUUCACCAAGGAGUUUAUUGCCAAAACGCAUAAACCAGCGUACGACGACUGGACCCUGAUUUUAUCUACUGGUGCUAGUGACGGGUUGAACAAGGCAUGUGAUGCAAUCUUGGAUCCUGGUGAUGUUGUCCUUGUUGAGGAAUUCACAUUUAGUCCAUUUCUCAGAUUUGUAAACAACGUUGGUGGGGUGUCUGUGCCAAUUAAAAUCGACUUGUCCAGUGAUUCCAAUGGUCUUGAUUUAGACUAUUUGCAAAACUUGUUGGACAAUUGGCUGAAGGAGUAUCCUAAUUUGCCAAAACCAAAAGCAUUGUACACUAUAUCCACGGGCCAGAAUCCAACUGGGUUUACUCAAACGAUUGAAUUUCGUCGCAAAAUUUACAAAUUGGCAGAAGAGCACAACUUUGUUAUUAUUGAGGACGACCCAUAUGGCUAUUUGACUUUACCCAAGUAUGACGCAUCUCGAUUUUCAAGCAACAACAAAGUAGAUCCUGCAGAAUUGAAGAACAAUUUAACUAUCGAGGACUAUUUGUUUAACCAUUUGACCCCUUCAUAUUUGGAACUAGACACUACUGGCCGUGUCAUUAGAGUCGAAACUUUUUCCAAAUUAUUUGCCCCUGGUUUACGUCUCGGAUUUGUCAUUGCCCACGCCAAGGUCAUUGACGUUAUCAAAAACUAUGCCGAAGUUGCAAAUAGGGGUGCAUCAGGCUUGGCACAAACAGUAGUGAACAACGUGAUUAGAGAGCAUUGGGGAGGUUUAGAUGGAUGGUUGAAUUGGAUAUUGAAAAUGAGAGCAACUUAUUCCCAUAGAAAGGACCUUUUGUUGCAUUCAAUUUAUCAAUCAGACGCUUUCAAAAAGGGGUUAGUCGACGUUAUAGAUCCCAAGGCGGGAAUGUUUGUUACUUUUAAGGUCAAGUUUUUGGAUCCAGCUCAAGGGAAAAUUGCAGCCGAUGAGGUAAUCCCAACGAUGAAGCAGUUAUUGUGGAAAAUUAUCAGUCAUGGGGUGUUGGUUGUCCCUGGGUACAACAUGACAGUUGAUCAAAAAUUCAGCUUGGAAAGAAGCAAUUUCUUUAGGUUGUGCUAUGCUCCGCUCAACAAUGAUGAUGAUAUUAUAGAGAGUGGAAAGAGGUUGACUGAUGCUGUUUUGGAGUUCCAUGACAAGGGAAACAAGUUUUGA